AUAGCCAUUAUUUUUCCUUCUCACCGUCGACGGCCCCUCCGCUUUCUCCUCUCGCUCGCCCUUCUGCAACCCUAGAAUCGCCACCUACGCCACCACCGAAAUCCCAUCUUUCUGAUCCUUCCGCCACCGUUCUUUCCUCCGAUCUCGAUCCCUUUGCGUGUCGCGAAGGGGAGGUUCCAUGAACUGCGAAACCUGCCAACUCAAGGAACUGGUGGUGGUGCCGACAGAGAUACAAGAUGUGCUGCGUUGCAUAUUGCAUACAAUUAUCUUCCAUAGAGCAUUAGGACUUGUUCGGCCCAAGGAUGUUGAGUGUGAACACUUCGAGCUCACCUAUGUUCGUUGUGGAGAUCAUGAGAUUGAAAAGAAGAUAGAUGAAAAGAUUGACCAGUUCAUUGGUUGGGUAGAGAAACAUCCAAACAGAAAAGGCCAGGUAUGCUUAUCUUUUUACGAGAUCAAAAACAAGCAUGCAACAUGGUUUGGGAACAAAAUUGAGCGCCUUUAUUGGGAGCAAUGGUAUAUCAAUUUACAUGUGUUAAACCCUAAAUCUCAUGGUAAAUCUCAUUAUACCAAAGCACCCGUAAGCACUGGAGAAAAUGCAUCUGAAGAGAGCAGUUCGAGACAUGCUGCCUUAGAGUCAUCAUUAUGUGAAGUCUUGUUUCAAAUUAUAAGAUUUUCUGAUGAGAAAAAAGACCACAUUCCAACUGUACAAAACUCUGAGAUUAUAUCAUUUCCAUUUGAGAUCUCAACUCCAAGUUCAUCAGACUCCUCUUUUGGUUGGCAUGCUGAUGUGCUUAAGAGGAUGCUGCAGACUGGACAUCCUUCCAUGCUCAGUUGACUUUAAAAUUAUGCAGGCGUUUAUACUCGGUGGCGAAUGAAGCUGAAGAGAAGGGGCAUUUUGUCCAUUGAUCUUGUACAUAACCCUUGGACAGGCCUAUUAAAUCCUCAUCAUUUGUUGCAGUUUCCUGAACUACAUCUAAGGCAUCAUGGCAGACUACAAUUGCCCCUGCACUUCAGUGUGAGUAUCAAUGCCAACUUAAAAUGUGGCUAACAAGUUAUAUCAUGAUAUGCACUACAUACUUUUGCUCAAAUGUUCAUUCUUCUGUCUCGGUUGCUCGCCGUGUUUCAUAUUGCUCUUAACUUGUUUCAUCUGCAAGUUUAAGUAUGACUUUUCGUGCACCAAAUAGGGUUCUUUAACUGGCCA